CCGGAGGUGCAACGCAGUAAUGGACGUACGCCAGCCUGAAGGAGUGUGUGCUGCUGCUCCUGCUGAGGACAACAGGACGGGUAAAGGCUACUGGAUCUAUGGAUGUCAGAUAGGAAGAGAUGUCUUCAUCAGUGCAGCUCUUCAGAGAUCAGAAGUACCAUGAGCUGAAAGAGCAGUGCAUCCAGCAGAAACAGCUCUUUGAAGAUCCUGAGUUCCCAGCCUCAGAUGAGUCCCUUUUCUACCAGUCUGCACCACCAAGGAAAGUUGAAUGGAAGCGCCCAAAGGACCUCUGUGAAGACCCCCACCUGUUUGUGAAUGGAAUCAGCUCCCACGACUUACAUCAAGGCACCCUGGGGAACUGCUGGUUUGUGGCUGCAUGCUCUUGCUUGGCUCUGAGGAAAACCCUCUGGCAGCAGGUGAUUCCAGACUUUAAUGAACAAGAAUGGGACCCUAAAAAGCCAGAGAAAUAUGCUGGGAUUUUCCGUUUUCGUUUCUGGUGCUUCGGAAAAUGGACAGAGGUGGUGGUUGAUGAUCUGCUGCCAACAAUGGAUGGGAAGUUGAUCUACUGCCAUUCCAAUAUGAAAAAUGAAUUCUGGAGUGCAUUGGUGGAAAAAGCUUAUGCAAAGCUGGCUGGAUCUUAUGAGGCCCUAGAUGGAGGCAGUGCUGCAGAUGCAAUUGUGGAUUUCACAGGAGCCGUGGCAGAAUCUGUUGACUUGGUACAGGGCAAAUAUGGCGAGGUAAUUUCUGAGCAGAUGAAGCUGUUUGAAGACUUGCUGAAAGUACAUAAGCGAGGCGGGCUGAUCAGCUGCUACAUUGCGGCUUCCUCUAGCAGUACCAAAGAAGCAGAGACAGAGAUGGGUCUUGUCAUCGGCCAUGCCUACUCGGUGACUGCGAUUCGGAAGCUGCGCCUUGGAGAAAGGGCCAUAUUCUCUUUGAAUGCAGAAAAGCUGUUCAUGAUCAGGCUGAGGAAUCCCUGGGGAAAAAGAGAGUGGAAUGGUGCCUGGAGUGACAAUUCUGAGGAGUGGAAGAAAGUCAGCAAUUCGGAACGGAAGAGCCUGGGACUCACUCUUGAAAAUGACGGAGAGUUCUGGAUGACGUUUGAAGACUGGUGUAAGAAUUUCACUGAUGUGGACAUCUGCCGGAUUGUCAAUACCUCCUACUUCAGCAUCCACAAGACCUGGGAGAAGAAAAUGAUGUGUGGAGCUUGGGCAAAGAGUUCAGAGCCCCUGCUAAAUCGCUCUGGUGGAUGCUUUGAUAAUAAAGAGACCUUCCUCCAGAAUCCCCAGUACAUCUUUGAUGUUAAGAAGACUGAGGACAAAGUGUUGGUCUCAUUACAACAGGAGGAUCGCCGCAAAUACAAGAAAGAAGGGAAAGGAGACAGCAUUCCAAUUGGCUUUGAAAUAUUCAAGGUGGAGGAUAACAGAAGCUAUCGACUGCACAAGCUCACUGUACAGGAGAGAACAGCCACGUCUCCCUACAUCAACACACGCACUGUGUUCUUGAGGAGGGUCCUUAAGCAAGGCCGCUACGUCCUCAUCCCAACUACCUAUCAUCCUGGCAUCGUUACAAAGUUUAUCCUGAGACUCUUCACAGAUGUGCCAUCAAAACUCAGAGAGCUGAAGGCAGAUAAACCUAAAAUUACAUGUUGGAGUCUUCUUUGUGGCUACCCACGCAGAGUCACCCAAGUCAAAAUUCACUCUGCAGAGGGCUUACAGAAGCAAGACAGAUCAGGUGGAGCAGAUCCUUAUGUUCUUAUCAAGUGUGAGAACCAAACCAUGCGCUCCCCUGUGCAACGUGAUACAACCAGUGCCGUCUUCAACACACAAGUGGUUUUCUACAGAAAGAACACCGACAGUCCUAUCAUCAUCCAGGUCUGGAACAGCAAUGUCUUGUGUGACCAGUUCCUUGGGCAGGCAGUGCUGGCAGCUUCACCCAGUGACCCCAGAGAACAACAGACUCUGCAACUCCGAGGGAGAGGCAGCCGAGAAGCUGCCGAGAUGCCAGAUACUUCCAGGGAUGGGGAUUCAACCACCUCCCCGAGGAGCCUGUUCCUGUGUUUGAGAACCCUUUCACCGAAGAAGUUUCUUCUAAUACUCCUCGUAAGACCUGUUCUCCAGACACUUCACCAGUCUUGUUGCCUUUCUUGGGACCUGCUCCAGCACCUCAACAUCUGCGGAAUGCAAGGAUCUGCUCUCAGCCUGCACCAGUGGCCAGUGCACGACCACGGGCAUCACCUUGGGGUAACUGGCAGUCACUCAUCCAAAUUGGUAGCCCCACACCCCAUCCUGGGAAUGCUGGUCCUGACCAAGAGUACCUACCCAGCUUGACAGAUCCAUCCAUUCCAAGGAGGAUAUUGUCACUUUUGAUGUCUCUGUGGAUCACUUGGUUUGAGUGAAGGAAAGCCAGGCCUUGCAGGCACUGACAAGACAAAAGAGAAACGAGAGGGUAAAAUUUACCACUUGUUGAGAAGUCCCACCCUGUCCAGGUAAUCAGAAGCACACAGAGGAUCCCUUACCUCCCUGCAGACAGCUGCUAUCUGUCUUUCAUGCAUACGCAUAUUGCGAACGAGGCCAGCCAGAGAGCCUCCAGACAUGUAUUCCAUCACCACCCAGAGGUGAGAAUUGACUCUGUAGCUGAAAAGACAACGAUGUCAAAGAGAUCAGUUUUCUGCUAGUGAAUCUUUGGCUUGCAGUAUGAACACAGGCGUGAUACGAACAUAAGUACGUACCUCUCUAAAUAGUUCACAAUGUUGGGAUGCUUAUUCUCCUUCGGGAUCAGGAUUUCUCUUAGUAAACGUUUUACUGGCGUGGUUAGGAAUUUCAAUUGCUUUAUGGCCACCUGAAAUGACAUUGAAAACCAUACACUUGAGCAGUCUGUUGCACGAGGCCUGAGUGAGCACGCCGUGAGUGUCUGUGGAUGUCGCUGCCGAGCUGUGCCAAAGUGUCUUGUUAGGCACAGGAGCUCAGCGCCUUGCGUUACAACAGCCUCUUUCCCUGCCGCCUUGCGUGCUAGCUACAGGACAGGUGGAGAUGUGCUCGCUGGUAUUUAAAGUCUGCCUUUUGGCCCUCCCUACACAUUUGGCCAGUCGCCUCUCGCCUCCCCUGUCUAGUCUUGCUCUUGACGUGGCAAGAAGAGACAGGGACGCCCCUUUG